AAUGGCUCUAAAUCCACCAAUUACAUAGACUGGAGUUCCAUUAAGAGUGGAUCAAGAAUUCUUUAUAUUGUAUAGAAAUGAAAUGGAAGGAGAAUUUAAGAUUGAAAACAUGGGAAAGUUUAGUGCUAAAGGAAAAGUAAGAUAAAGAUAUUUAAAAUUAGGUAUAUGUAACAACAUGCAGAAUGGUUUUUGUAAGUGACAAAUUUUAAAGAGAAUCCUUCAAAUCUUUUGAUAUCCCUUUGGCAUAUAUGAGUGCUGAGAAAUUUCAGUAACCAAUAUUUGGAAGUAAUUAUUUAGAAGGCAAUGUGGAUCCAUUAUAUAAUCUACUUCCUGGAAAAACUCAUUUUAAAUUAUGGUUCAAAGCAGGAGGUAGGAAUAAAUUUAUACCUUAGGUUGUGAUAAGUUUCUAAAGAUCCUUGUUAGUAUAUUAACAUAAAUUAGAAGAUAAAGAGGUUCUGGAUAACGAGUCCCUGAUGCACGCAUGAUGGAAAAUUUUGCAAGAAAUUAGAGUUAGGCCUUCAUUGAUCCUAAUGAUCCCAGUGUUAUCUAUGUCUAAUAACCUCAUUUAAAUUAAUAAUCUUAUGGAAACACCACAUGGGGAAUUCCUUAAAAUCCAACUUAGGUAGCUCCAAUAGGAGGACCAAGUUAUGGAAUGCCAUAAUAAUAAUAUCAAUAACCACCAAUGAAUCAAUAGUAUCAACAGCCUAAUCAAGGAUAUUACCAAUAAUAACAGAUUCCACAAUAAAAUUAUUAAAACGUUCCUUAAAUUGGUACUCCUAUAAAUUACAAUUAUGGGUAUCAAUAAUAACCUUAAACAACUUACAAUUAACCUGGUACUCAAUAACCAUAUUAAUAAAAUACCUAACCAACAAAUCCAUAUGCUCAAUAAAACCCUCCCACAUAUAAUUAACCUACAAAUCCAUAUGCUUAAUAAAACCCCCCCACAUACAAUUAACCAACAAAUACAUAUAUAUAACCUGUUCAACAAUAGUAAUAACAACCACCAUUAGCAUAUGAGAAUUAACCACAAUAAUAAGUGUAUUAGAAUUAAGUCCCUGAAAUAUAAUAAAAUCAGAAUUUCUCAUAUCCUUAAGAGUAAAAUAAUAAUCAAUAAGCACCAAUUUAAAAUAAUGACUAAGCACCUUAAAAUUAACCGUAAUAAGAUUAGGUAAGAAAUCAACCGAAUACAGCUUAUUACUUUGGUUUUUGGGGUCCACAAUUAUAAACAAAUUAAAAUGCAAUAUUGUGA